AUGUCUCCAUCCCCAAUCUUGUUAGCCGCUGUUCUGGCAGCCGCUGGACCUUUGCUUGCCACCGGUCAAACGCUCGACAAGCCUGCUCUCACCUCCAAUCUUGAUUACUUGGAGCAGGGAAGCCUUGACCAUCUUACUCCGACGCAGAGCACAUGGGAUCAAUGGGGAGCAGGCUGGAUUCCUCAAGAUUGCAAGGACAUUGCCAACAAUGAGGGGAAGAAUCCCGAUGAUUUUGAGAUCUACAACGUCCACUAUACUGAUUGCGGCGAUGCAUGGGUAUUCUGUCGUCACAAGGACACACCAAUUGAUCUCGUCUCAACAAUUGAUAUCUUCGGACGACUUCCUGUCGCCAUGCGCAGCUGGGUCAGACAUGUUAUAACCAUUCCGUCCGAUAACUAUGCCUAUAACUCCAACGGCAAUAUCGCCUUUUUCGGAACUACCAGUGGCAACAUGGAUGUCGCGAUUCACGAAACGGGACACAGCCUCGACUUGCUUGGUGCUUAUGGUGAACAAUUGUCUGCAAGCCAAGAUUGGCUUGACAACUACAACCAGGAUCCUAAUGUCCCCGACGAUUAUGCCCAGACUAAUCAAGUCGAGAAUGUCGCUCAAAACACUGUAAUCAGUGUCUACGACAAGGUCGUUCCCGGUGGCUUCGGCUCCGCCCAGCCGAGCUGGAACAACAUCUUCCACCAGUACGCAACACUGCAGUGGAAAGCCGGAUCUCAGAUUCUCCCCGGAGGAACCUGCGACCGCCAUCUUAUUAACUCGGAGACUGUCUCUACAAGCAAUUCCGCUGCCGCUGCCGCCAUGGUUAAUGGCCCGAAGAAGCCGGAUACUUCCUUUAAGGGCAACUAUACCAACAUCGUGACGGACUAUACUGAGUUCAGUACCAAGGAUAGUUGCAUUUCCUAUUGA